AGUAUGAACAAAAAAAACAAUUUUACCCAGGAUUAUAUACAAAUACAGUUUGCAAGAUUAAAUGUAUGACCAGUAUAUACAUGAAGACAUCUUGCUAGUGAAUUAAAUAUGAGGCAUUAUGAAUAUUUUACUUAGAACUUAAUAUAUUACGAGUAGCAUACAGUUAUUUUGUUUUCAUUUGUAAUAAUGUAAUGUAAUAAUGCAAUAACUUCACAACAAAGUUGUCAUUUUUGGAGAAUUUGGCUCGGGAAAAAGUCAGCCGUUCAUGAAAAUCAAGUCAGAAUAUUAUGAUGAUAAAUUCAUCAUUACCAGAAGAAAAAAAAUAUUUUUUGAAGUCCUAAUAUGAGAACCAAAAUUGUAAGUGUUGGACAAUUAGACAAGAUGAUUUACAAAGAUAAUUGAAUAAGAAAGUUGAAACAUUUUGGAGGAAAACAGCAAAACUAAGGAGCAAAGUUGCCAUAUAGUACUAAUGUGCAUGCUUUUGCAUCCUUUCAUUUUUCACCAUGGACCUCGCUGGGAUAAGUUUGGACACCUCCCUGCACGGGUGUGUGUACCAUCGUCCUAUACGCCGCCGAGUAUUGGUGACCACAAGAGUUACAUUGUCUGACUUCCAGCAUCAAGGCUCCAAUGAGCAUAACACAGUCCCGGUGCACCAUUAUUCCAAAAAGAUGAAGUACACCAUAAUACGCCAUGUGCAUCUUGCAUGGAGUAUCCAGUGGGCGAGCCACACCCAGAUCCACACCGCAUCGAAUGGCGGCGGUGCGGCAGUGACUCACUCGUUCCGCUGCCUUCCUCUUUGCUAAUAACAGGCUUGGCCGGGAGAGCAGCACACUUUCCCUGCUACUUCAUAGCCGCCAUCAUGCGACCUGGACUGCAGCAGGCCACUAAAGUGUUAAAAUGUAAAGCGAGUCGCCGCUAACUUGGGGCGAGCUUGUAUUUUCAAAAUAAAAUGACCACCAGCAGUAGAUUGGCUCAGCAUCAUAAAUGACUGGGUGGAUACAUCAUGGUGGUCACAUGCUGUAUGAAAGUCAGUAGUUAUAAUUGAGCAGCCAUAAUUCACAUACUGUAUCUUCAUUUUAGAAGAAGCACGGCUAACUAAAACAAAUGAAACAGUGGAUUCUUUCAAGGGUCCUCCCACGUCUGGUCCCCGUGUGAGAGGUCCUCCUCCUCAGUGAAGGGCAUUACUGAGGAGCACGAAGACCACAAUAGUUCCUUCAGUGUGCGUGUGGAGGUUAUUUAUGACACACAGCUGUUGCCAACAUGGCGGACAGGAGGCUGAAUGGAGACGCUCCCGUAAGAGUACUAGCAGUGAAACUAUAGUGUGUGUAAUGGGGGAUCUGGGUGUGUUACGCAAGAGGAGGGAGGUCCAGAUGUCCCCCCUGGAGCCAAAAAAAAAGUCUCGGGAGCGCUCAUGUGUCCGUGCGUAAAUGGGAGCUUUUUACGCACGAACGCUGUAGAGUGGGCCGGGCUUGACUGCAACUGGAACCCACCCAGAAAAUUUCUCCGCCUCCUCCGUGGACCUCGAAGAGCGACAAAACCUGUAGCGAGGGCGCCAAAUCUCCGCGCUUUGUGCCCCUUUUGAGCGCGCCGUCAUGGCUCGUGUGGACGAGGAGAUGGCCACCGCCGCUCCCCCCGCCCUCCUCGGCAGCCGAGUGUGUGGACUCGCGUACCGGAGGACGAAUUACAUCCACGAAAUGAGCUGCGUGGAGGUGGGCUCGCACCUUUACAGCCGCAUGUGCUGCGCAGAUGAGCGGGACCGAGUCCAGAAGAAGACCUUCACCAAAUGGGUCAACAAGCACCUGGUGAAGCACUGGAAGGCCGAGGCCCAGCGACACGUCAGCGACCUGUAUGAGGAUCUUCGAGAUGGACACAACCUCAUCUCCCUGCUGGAGGUGCUCUCUGGAGAGACGCUGCCGAGGGAACGUGACCUAGUGAGGAACGUGCGGUUGCCGCGGGAGAAAGGUCGCAUGCGCUUCCACAAGCUCCAGAAUGUUCAGAUCGCUCUGGACUUCCUCAAGCACCGACAGGUCAAACUGGUCAACAUCAGGAAUGAUGAUAUCGCCGACGGAAACCCCAAGUUGACUCUGGGCCUCAUUUGGACCAUCAUCCUUCACUUCCAGAUCUCUGACAUUCAGGUGAACGGCCAGUCGGACGACAUGACGGCCAAGGAGCGCCUGCUGCUGUGGUCCCAGCGGAUGGUGGAGGGCUACCAGGGUCUUCGCUGCGACAACUUCACCAGCAGCUGGCGGGACGGCAAGCUCUUCAACGCCAUCAUACACAAACACAGGCCCACCCUCAUCGACAUGGACCAAGUGGGCCGCCAGAGCAACCAGCAGAACCUGGAGCAGGCCUUCAGCGUGGCCGAGCGCGAGCUGGGCGUCACCAGGUUGCUGGACCCCGAAGAUGUGGACGUGCCACAUCCUGACGAGAAAUCCAUCAUCACGUACGUCUCCUCGCUUUAUGACGUCAUGCCGCGGGUGCCGGACGCUCAGGACGGCGUCAAAGCCAACGAGCUGGAGCUGCGCUGGCAGGAGUACUACGAGCUGGUCACGAUGCUCCUGCAGUGGAUCCGACACCACGUCCUCGUGUUCGAGGAGCGCAAGUUUCCCACCAGCUACGAGGAGAUCGAGGUUCUGUGGCGUCAGUUCCUCAAGUUUAAGGAGACGGAGCUCCCUGCCAAGGAGGCGGACAAAAACCGAUCCAAACACAUCUUCAAGUCCUUCGAGGGUGCGGUCCAGGCAGGCCACGUCAAGGUGCCGCCAGGCUGCCACCCGUUGGACGUGGAAAAGGAAUGGGGUCGGCUGCACGUGGCCAUCUUGGAGCGGGAGCGACUCCUGAGGAUGGAGUUCGAGAGGCUGGAGCGACUCCAAAGGGUCGUCAGCAAGGUCCAGAUGGAGUCUGGGGUGUGCGAGGAGCAGCUCAAUCAGGUGGAGACUCUGCUGCAAACGGACGUGCGGAUGUUGAGCUCGGGCAAACCCGCUCAGCACACGGCCGAGGUGGAGGCGGACCUGGAGAAAGCAGAGGGGAUGAUUCGCUUCCUCUUCAACGACGUUCAGAUGCUGAAGGACGGGCGCCAUCUGCAGGCCGAACAGAUGUACCGCAGAGUGUAUCGCCUCCACGAGCGGCUGGUGAACCUCCGCAGCGAGUACAACUUGCGCCUCAAGUCGGGUGUGACCACGGCGCAGAUCCCCAUGACCCAGAUCCACCAGGUCCAGGUGCUGCAGCAGGCCCCCGUCAGGCUGCGACCCGAGCUGGACGAGGUCACACUGCGCUACGUGCAAGACCUGCUGGGCUGGGUGGAGGAGAACCAGCAGCGGGUGGACCAGGGCGAAUGGGGCUCUGACCUGCCCACCGUGGAGUCCCAGCUGGGCAGCCACCGCGGGCUCCACCUGUCUGUGGAGGAGUUCCGUUCCAAGAUUGAAAGGGCCAAGGCGGAUGAGAGCCAGGUCUCACCGGCGAGUAAGGCCGCCUACCAUGACUACCUGAACAAAGUAGAUCUUCAGUACGGGAAGCUUCUGAAAGCUUCCAAGGCCCGCCUUCGCUACCUGGACCAGCUCCACGCCUUUGUCACCGCCGCCACCAAGGAGCUGAUGUGGCUGAACGAGAAGGAGGAAGAGGAGGUCAACUACGACUGGAGCGAGCGUAACACCAACGUGGCGGCCAAGAAGGACAACUACUCGGGUUUGAUGAGGGAGCUGGAGCUGCGGGAGAAGAAGAUGAACGGCGUCCAGGUGACGGGAGACAAGCUACUGAGAGACAGCCACCCAGGCAGGAAGACCAUAGAGGCCUUCACCGCUGCUCUGCAGACUCAGUGGAGCUGGAUCCUCCAGCUGUGCUGCUGCAUCGAAAGCCACCUCAAGGAGAACACCGCCUACUUCCAGUUUUUUGCUGAUGUAAAAGAGGCCGAGGACAAGCUGACCAAGAUGCAGGACACCAUGAAGAGGAAGUACACAUGCGAGCGUUCCACCACCGUCACACGGCUGGAGGACCUCCUGCAGGACGCCGCUGAUGAGAAGGAGCUGCUGAGUGAGUUUAAAACUCACCUGGAAGGCCUGAAGCGCCGCGCCAAGACCGUGGUGCAGCUGAAGCCGCGCAACCCCGCCACCCCGAUCAAGAACAAGCUGCCCAUCCAGGCGGUGUGUGACUUCAAGCAGAUGGAGAUCACCGUCCACAGAGGAGACGAGUGCGCCCUGCUCAACAACUCCCAGCCGUACAAGUGGAAGGUGCUCAACCGAGAGGGCAGCGAGGCGUCUGUGCCGUCCAUCUGCUUCCUGGUCCCGCCCACCAACAAGGACGCCAUGAGCAGCGUUGCCGGGCUGGAAGGGAACUUGCAGAAGCUGCAGAACUUGUGGCAGACCUUGUUUGUAGACCUGAGGAGCCUCCUGUCCUGGCAGUACCUCAUGCGAGACAUCCACAUCAUCAACACCUGGAACAUCUCCAUGUUCAAGACCCUGACGGUGGAGGAGUACCGGCUGGCCCUGAGGAACCUGGAGCAGCACUACCAGGACUUCCUGAGAGACAGCCAGGAUUCCCAGACGUUCAGAGCCGAGGACCGCAUGCAGGUGGAGUCCAGCUACAACAAGGCCAACCAGCACUACAACACGCUGGUCAGCACAGCGGAGCAAGGCUACAUGCCGCCCAAGACAGGAGAACAAGACGAGUCCGUGUGCAGGAUUUACCUGAACAAGCUCAAGGACCUCCGCCUGAGGCUGGAGGCUUGCGAGAAUCGAACAGUGACUCGUCUUCGCCAGCUUGCUGACAAGGAGCCACUCAAAGCCUGCGCCCUGAAGACCACCGAGCAGAUGAAAGUCCAGUCUGAGCUGGAAGGCUUGAAGAAAGAACUGCACUCCAUCACGGAGAAGACGGAGGAGGUUCUGGCCUCCCCUCAGCCGUCUAGCUCUGCCCCCUUGCUGCGCUCCGAGCUGGACAGCACGCAGAAGAAGAUGGACCACGUCUACAGCCUGUCAUCCAUCUAUCUGGACAAGCUGAAGGCCAUCGACGGCGUGAUCAGAAACACCAAAGACGCGGAGGAAACGCUGAAGAGCUACGAGUUUUGUCUGCUGGAUGUCCAUAAAGUGCCGUAUGAGGGGAAGGAGGCGGAAAGCCAAGCGGGCCAGAUAAAGAAAAUGCAAACUGAAUCUCAAGCGGACCAGAUGGUGUUCGACCGCCUGCAGGAUGAGCUCAAGAGGGCAGCGGACAUCCACGACAAGAUGACGCGAAUCCACAGCGAGCGCGAUGCCGAGCUGGAACAUUACCGCCACCUGGUGGGCGGCCUGCAAGAGCGCUGGCAGGCCGUUCUGGCCCAGCUGGUGCUUCGGCAGCAGGAACUGGAGCUGCUCCGCCGCCAUAUGAGGUCGUACUGUGACAGCUACGAGUGGCUCAUACGCUGGCUGGCUGAGGCCCGGCGGCGCCAGGAGGGCAUCCAGGCGGCGCCUGUUGGGGACGGGGCGGCACUGAAGGAGCAGCUGUCAGAAGAGAAGAAACUCCUGGAUGAAAUCGAGAAGAACAAGGACAAGAUGGAUAAGUGCCAGAAAAACGCCAAGGAUUACAUUGACUCUGUCAAGGACUACGAGCUCCAGAUUCUGACCUACAAGGCUCUGCAGGACCCGGUGGCCUCGCCGUACAAAAAACCCAAAAUGGAGUGUGCAUCUGAUGACAUCAUCCAAGAGUUUGUCACUCUGAGGACUCGCUACAGUGAGCUGAUGACGCUUGUCAGCCAGUACAUUCAGUUCAUCACGGACGGACGGCGUCGCCUGGAGGACGACGAGAAAGCGUCUGAGAAGCUGAAAGAAGAGGAAAGGAAGAGGAUGGCAGAGAUCCAGGCUGAGUUAGACAAACAGAGGCAACUGGCGGAGGCCCAUGCUCAGUCUGUGGCCAAGGCGGAACAGGAGGCCCAGACUCUGAAGCUUAAGAUGAAGGAGGAGGCCAUUAAGAGACAAGAUGUUGCGGUGGAUGCUGAGAAGCAGAAGCAGAACAUCCAACAGGAGCUGCACCAACUUAAGAGUCUGUCGGAGCAAGAGAUUAAGUCCAAGAACCAGCAGCUUGAGGAGGCUUUAGUCAGCCGGACCAGGAUCGAGGAGGAGAUCCGCAUAAUCCGCCUCCAGUUGGAGACCACAAUCAAGCAGAAGAGCACCGCCGAUGGUGAGCUACAGCAGCUCCGAGACAGGGCCGGCGAGGCCGAGAAGCUCCGAAAAGCUGCUCAGGACGAGGCAGAGAGGCUUCGCAAGCAGGUGGCAGAAGAGACGCAGAAAAAGAAGAAUGCAGAAGAUGAGCUGAGGCGCAAAUCUGAGGCGGAGCGAGAGGCCUCCAGACAGAAGCAGAAGGCCCUGGACGAUCUGCAGAAAUUCAAGAUGCAGGCAGAAGAGGCAGAGAGGCGUAUGAAACAGGCUGAGGAGGAGAAACUCAGGCAGGUCAAAGUGGUGGAGGAGGUGGCACAGAAGAGCGCCACCGCACAGUUGCAGAGCACCUCCAAAUCAUUCAGCGAGAGGGCGACUAAACUGGAGGAGUCCCUCAAGAAGGAACAGGGCACUGUUCUCCAGCUGCAGGAGGAAGCGGAGAAACUCAGGAAACAACAAGAGGAAGCCAGCAAAGCCCGUGAACAAGCAGAGAAGGAGCUGGAAACAUGGAGACAGAAGGCCAACGAGGCUCUCCGUUUAAGGCUGCAGGCCGAAGAAGAAGCCCAAAGGAAGAGCCAGGCUCAGGAGGAGGCAGAGCGGCACAAAGUAGACGCAGAGCGAGAUGCCAAGAAAAGAGCAAAAGCCGAGGAGGCUGCCCUCAAACAGAAGGAGAAUGCAGAGAAGGAGCUGGACAAACAGAAGACUUUUGCGGAGCAGAUAGCUCAGCAGAAGCUGUCAGCCGAGCAGGAAUGCAUCCGCCUGAAGGCCGACUUUGAACAUGCAGAGCAACAGAGGAGCCUCCUGGACAAUGAGCUCCAGCGUCUAAAAAAUGAGGUGAACGCCGUUGAAGGGCAGAGGAAAAAACUGGAAGAGGAGCUGGCGAAGGUCAGGAGGGAAAUGGACACGCUACUCCAGAUGAAGGUGAAAGCGGAGAAAGAGACGUUGUCAAAUACGGAAAAGAGCAAGCAGCUUCUUGAGUCUGAGGUGCUGAAAAUGAAGCAGCUUGCAGAAGAAGCCGCCCGGCUGAGGUCCGUGGCCGAGGAGGCAAAGAAGCAGAGGCAGAUUGCAGAGGAGGAGGCGGGCAAACAACGAGCCGAAGCCGAGAAAAUACUAAAGGAGAAACUGGCUGCCAUCAACGAGGCGACUCGUCUCAAGACGGAGGCUGAGAUCGCCCUGAAGGCCAAAGAGGCAGAGAACGAACGGCUGAAAAGAAAAGCUGAGGACGAAGCCUAUCAAAGGAAGCUGUUGGAGGACCAGGCGGCUCAGCAUAAGCAAGACAUUGCAGAGAAGAUCGAGCACCUGAAGAGCUCGUCUGACACCGAACUAGAGCGACAAAAAACAAUGGUCGAAGAAACUCUCAGACAAAGGAAAGUGGUGGAGGAGGAAAUUCACAUCAUCAGGAUCAACUUUGAGAAGGCUUCCAAAGACAAAUCUGACUUGGAGAACGAAUUAAAAAAACUAAAGGCGAUCGCGGAUGAGACACAGAAAAGCAAACUCAAGGCGGAAAAGGAAGCUGAGCUAUUGAAACAGCUUGCUGCAGAAGAGGAGAAGAAGAGGAAGGAAGCGGAGGAGAAAGUGAAGAGGAUCACGGCGGCGGAGGAAGAAGCGGCUCGACAAUGCAAAGCCGCUCAAGAGGAGGUGGAACGCUUGAAGAAGAAAGCAGCAGAAGCAAACACACAGCGAGAGAAGGCCGAGAAAGAAGCAGAGCAGCAGGUGAUGCUGGCAAAGGAGGCCGCUAAGAAAUGCAGCGCCGCAGAACAAAAAGCUCAAGAUGUUCUGAGCAAGAAUAAGGAGGAUGUUCUCUCGCAGGAGAAGUUGAAGGAGGAGUUUGUGAACGCUAAGAAACUUGCUGGAGAAGCUGAAAAGGCCAAAGAGAAAGCCGAGAAAGAAGCCGCGCUACUCCGCCAGAAAGCAGAGGAUGCAGAAAAACAGAAAAAAACUGCAGAGGACGAGGCCGCCAAGCAAGCCAAAGCGCAGAGAGAUGCUGAAAAACUGAGGAAAGAAGCGGAGGCGGAGGCCUCCAAGCGGGCAGAAGCCGAGGCCGCCGCCCUGAAGCAGAAACAACAGGCUGAUGCUGAGAUGGCCAAACACAAGAAAGAGGCCGAGCAGGCCCUCAAGCAGAAGUCUCAAGUGGAGAAGGAACUGACGACGGUCAAACUGCAGCUGGAUGAAACUGACAAGCAGAAAGCCGUUCUGGAUGAGGAGCUUCAGAGAGUAAAGGGCGAAGUCAACGAUGCGGUCAAGCAGAAGGCGCAGGUGGAGGACGAACUCUUGAAAGUUAGGAAUCAAAUGGAGGAGCUGCUUCAGCUCAAGAUCAAAAUUGAGAGUGAGAACAAGCGUCUCAUGAAAAAAGACAAAGAUAAGUCACAGAAAUUACUUGCAGAAGAGGCUGAGAGGAUGAAGACCUUGGCGGAGGACGCAGCUCGACUGAGCAUGGAGGCAGAGGAAGCAGCUAAACAGAGACAGACUGCAGAGAUGGACUUGGCGGAACAGAGAGCACUUGCAGAGAAAAUGCUUAAGGAGAAGAUGCAGGCCAUCCAGGAGGCCACAAAACUUAAAGCUGAGGCCGAGGAGCUCCAGAGGCAGAAGGACCAGGCACAGGAAACGGCCAAAAAGCUCCUGGAGGACAAACAGCAGAUCCAGCAGCGGCUUGACGAGGAGACAGAAGGCUUUCAAAAGUCCCUGGAGGCUGAGCGAAAGAGGAAACAGGAGGUUUCGGCUGAGGCAGAGAAGCUGAAAGUGAAAGUGAAAGAGCUCAGCGAUGCUCAGGCAAAAGCCACCGAGGAGGCAAAGAAGUUCAGGAAGCAGGCGGAUGAGGCCAAAGCUCGUCUUCAAGAAACGGAACAAAAAAACACGGAGACUGUCGUGAAGAAGCUGGAGACUCAGCGGCUGCAGAGCACCAGAGAGGCUGAUGACCUCAAGCAAGCCAUUGCUGACUUGGAGAAGGAGAGGGAGAAACUGAAAGGAGAUGCAGAGGAGCUUCAGAAAAAAUCCAAAGAGAUGGCCCUUGCCCAACAAGAGCAAAUUGAGCAGCAGAAGGCCAUUCUUCAGCAGACCUUCCUCACCGAGAAGGAGCUGCUGUUGAAAAGAGAAAAGGAGGUUGCGGAUGAAAAAAAGAAGCUGGAGAAACGGUUUGACGAUGAAGUGAGCAAGGCGAAGGCGCUCAAAGAAGAGCAGGAACGUCAGCAAAAGCUGAUGGAGGACGAGAAGAAGAAGCUCCAGGCCAUCAUGGAUGAUGCUUUGCUUAAGCAAAAGGAGGCCGAGGCCGAGAUGAAGAAGAAGCAGAAGGAAAUGGAGGUGCUCGAGAAAAAAAGGAAUGAGCAGGAAAAACUCUUGGGAGAGGAGAACAAAAAGCUCAGGGAGAAACUCAUCAGUCUUGAGGUGGCGUCCAAAGAAAGUCCAUCUAAAACAAAAGAAAUUGAGGUCCAGACUGACAAGGAUGCUGGGGAGCAGUUGGUUGCUGCAACAGCUGCGGUAACAACAAAGAAGGUGUACAAUGGCUCUGGCGAGGUUGAUGGCGUCAAGAAAGAGUCGCCUUGGACCUUUGAUGGAAUCCGAGCUAAAGUUCCUGCUGACAGGCUCCAUGAUGUUGGUGUUCUGACCAAAAAAGACUUGGACAAACUCAAAAAGGGCAAAGUCUCUGUGCAAGACCUUGUGAAGAUGGACAAAAUCCAGUCGUGUCUUCGAGGUCAGAGCUGCAUUGCUGGUGUCUUGACUCCAUCCAAAGAGAAAAUGAGUAUCUAUCAGGCCCUGAAGGACAACAUGAUAACGGCCAACACUGCCUCAAUGCUGUUGGAAGCUCAAGCGGCUUCUGGUUACCUCGUGGAUCCACUCACUGGUAAACUCCUGUCUGUGGACGAGGCUGUUAAGGAGGAGUUGAUUGGCCCUGAACUCCAUGACAAAAUGCUCUCUGCAGAGAGAGCAGCCACUGGCUUUAAAGAUCCUUACACCGGAGACAAGAUCUCCCUUUUUGAGGCCAUGAAGAAAGGACUAAUUGAGAAGGAACAGGCCAACAGAUUCUUAGAUGUGCAGCUUGCAACUGGCGGCAUCAUUGACCCCGUUAAUGGUCACAGAGUGGGACUGCCCACAGCUUACAAGCAGGGACAGUUUGACGCCGACACGAAUAAACAGCUUGCAGACUGCAAGUCGUUUUCAGACCCCAGCACCCAGGAGCCCCUCACCUACAAGCAGCUCCUGGAGAGGUGCACUAAGGAUGCGGUUUCAGGCCUGAUGAUUCUGCCCGUGACAGAGAAAGCUGCCCAAAGCGAGACAACAUUCACCGACGCCGAGAUGAAGGAAGUGUUCAGCAAAUCAAAUGUCGAUGUGCCUUUUGGCCGAUUCAAAGGGAAGACGGUUACUAUUUGGGAAGUUAUCAACUCCGAGUACUUCACCGAGGAACAAAGACGAGAUCUGAUUCGCCAGUACAAGACAGGCAAGAUCACGGUGGAGAAGAUCAUCAAAAUUGUCAUCACUGUCGUGGAGGACAAGGAGAAGAGCAACGAAAAUGUGUUGAACGGGUUGAGGGCUCCGGUCUCAGCCAGCGAACUGCUGGACUCGAAGAUUAUCAGCAAAGAUGUAUUCAAUAAAUUAAGUAACGGCAAGAUAACAGUCAAAGAGAUCUCUGAGAUGGAGCCCGUAAAGAAAGCUCUCCAAGGAGCUCCAAGCAUAGCUGGCCUGUUUAAUGAGCCAACUAAGGAGAAAAUGUCUUUCUAUCAAGCCAUGAAGAAAGAACUUCUCCCACCCGAGACAGCCAUUAAUCUUCUUGAGGCUCAAGCAGCUACUGGAUUCAUCAUCGAUCCUGUCAAGAAUGAGAGGGUCCCGGUCGAUGAAGCGGUUAAGUCGGGCUUAGUCGGCCCAGAACUUCAUGAACGGCUCCUGUCUGCCGAGAGAGCUGUCAGUGGCUACAGAGAUCCCUACACUGGGAAAAAGGUGUCUCUGUUUGAAGCCAUGAACAAAGGUCUGAUCAAGAGAGACCACGGCAUCCGUUUGCUAGAAGCACAGCUCUCGACAGGAGGAGUCAUUGACCCCAUUAAAAGCUAUCGCGUCCCGCAUGAGGUCGCCUGCAAACGUGGCUAUUUAGAUGAGGAGACCAACAAGACCUUGAGCAAGACUGGUGAUGAAACUAAAGUCUUUCUUGAUCCAAACAUACAAGAGGAUGCAACCUAUGCACAGUUGAUGAAGAAAUGUGUGUCUGAUAAUGAAACUGGACUUCCAUUACUGCCUCUCUCGAAGAAAGCAGCAAAGCCAAAAGAAGAUCUACAGAUAACAGAAGCCAAAACGAAAGAGACCUUAAACCAGAACAUGAUGGAGCUGGACUAUGGGCCUUUCAAGGGGAGAAAGGUCACAAUCUGGGAAAUCAUCAACUCUCAUUACAUCACAGAGGAGAAAAGAAUCGAGCUGAUUCGUCAGUACAGGACGGGCCAUGUGACAAUAGAAAAGUUAAUUAAGGUUGUGAUGGUCAUGGUCGAGGAAAAAGAGGCACAGACAAAAGACAAGGCCCGUUUUGAAGGUCUCAGGGAGCCUGUCCCUGCCAGCUUGUUGAUGGACGCCAACAUCAUCGAUAAGACUACCUUUGACCAGCUCCAACGGGGGACAAAGACUCCUCAAGAAGUCGGUGACUACGAUCAGGUCAGGAAGUACUUACAAGGCACAGAGCGCAUUGACGGCAUUUCAAUGGAAGGAACGAAUGAAAAGUUGAGCAUAUAUCAGGCAAUGAAAAAGAACAUUUUGCAACCAAACACAGGGCUUGCGCUCCUUGAAGCCCAAGCUGGAACUGGUUUCAUAACAGAUCCUGUCAAAAAUAUGAAAUAUUCUGUGGAUGAUGCCGUGAAGGCAGGAGCUGUUGGCCCAGAGCUUCAUGAGAAGCUCCUGUCUGCUGAAAAAGCUGUGACAGGAUACAAAGAUCCAUAUACUGGAAAUAAAAUUUCUCUGUUCCAAGCCCUGAAGAAAGAGCUGGUCCUGAGAGAGCAUGCUAUUCCUCUCCUCGAGGCUCAGAUUCAUACAGGAGGCAUCAUCGAUCCAGUAAGUAGCCAUCGUGUUCCCACCGACGUAGCUAUCCAGCGGGGCUUCUUAAGUAAACAAAUGGCCACCUCUUUAGAUGAACCCUCUGGUGACGUUCAAGGCUUCACCAAUCCCAACAACAAUGAAAAUGUUACUUACAAGCAGUUGUUGGAGAAAUGUGUUAAAGAGCCAAAUUCUGGUCUAUGCUACCUACCUAUGUCAAAGGCAGAAACUGCCACUCCGGUUGAGAAGUCCUAUCAGUACACAGAGGAGCAAGCCCAGUCAGAUCUCGCAAACACUCAGAUUGACAUCCCACACAAGAGCUUCGAAGGGAAGAGCAUGACCAUCUGGGAAAUCAUUCAUUCAAACAUGCUUCCAGAGGAGGAGAGGCGCCGCCUCCUGGAGCAGUAUCGCUUGGGAAAGAUCACAAAGGAUAGAAUGCUCGUCAUUAUCAUCGAGAUUAUUGAACAAAGGGAGGCUGAAAAGUCAGAGCAGGGCAUGUCAUGUGACGUAAUCAGAAGGAGAAUUACAAUCGAAGAGCUUUACAGCGCUCGAAUUAUUGACUUGCAAACUUACAAUCUCUUGAAGCAAGAAAAAAUGACUAUUAGCGAGAUCAUGGAAAUGCCGUCGGUGAAACAGUAUCUCUUUGGAACUGGCUGUGUUGCCGGCAUUAUGUCAGACAGUCCCACCAAGAUCAGCAUUUAUCAGGCCAUGAAAAAUGGAAAACUUAAGCCUGAAGUUGCUCUGACGCUCCUCGAGGCCCAAGCUGCAACCGGGUUCAUUAUCGAUCCGGUCAAAGAUGAACUUCUGACAGUGGACGAAGCUGUGCGCAAGGGGCUUGUGGGGCCAGAACUUCAUGACAAACUUCUCUCAGCUGAGAGAGCAGUAACUGGCUAUAAAGAUCCCUACAGCGGAAAACUGAUUUCUCUUUUCCAGGCGAUGAAAAAAGAUCUGAUUCCCGAAGAUUAUGCUCUGAGGCUCUUGGAAGCCCAAAAUGCCACUGGGGGGUUAAUGGAUCCUGAAUACUACUUCCGCCUCCCCUCAGAUGUUGCCAUGCAGCGUGGCUACAUCAAUAAAGAGACAAUGGACAGAAUAUCCCAGCCCGGCUGUGAUGUACAAGGCUACACCGACCCAACAACAGAUGAGGACCUGUCCUACGCUCAGCUGCUGAAUCGAUGCCGAGUUGACAAAGAGAGCAAGUUGAGGCUGUUGUCACUGGCAGACAGAAGGCUUCUCUUCAAGGGUCUCAGAAAGCAAAUCACAGUGGACGAGCUGCUUCGUUCUCAGAUCAUCAACCAAAAGACGUACAACGAACUCACAGAGGGCACCGUGACUGUCGAAGAGGUCAGCAGAGACCUUAAGAAGUACCUCGAGGGUACAAGCUGCAUUGCCGGUGUGUUUGUGGAAUCAGCUAAAGACCGCCUGUCCAUUUAUCAAGCAAUGAAGAAGAACAUGAUCAGACCGGGAACUGCCUUUGAACUCCUUGAGGCCCAAGCUGCGACGGGUUAUAUAAUUGACCCAAUCAAAAACCUAAAACUAAAUGUCAACGAAGCAGUUAAGAUGGGUGUUGUCGGCCCAGAGUUCAAAGACAAGCUGCUGUCAGCCGAGAGAGCAGUCACCGGCUACAGAGAUCCUUAUUCCGGCAAGGUCAUCUCACUUUUCCAGGCUAUGAAGAAGGACCUGAUAUUAAAGGACCACGGCAUCCGCCUGCUAGAGGCUCAGAUUGCUACAGGUGGAAUUAUUGACCCACAGGAGAGUCAUCGCUUGCCGGUGGAAACAGCGUAUGAACGCGGUCUCUUUGACGAGGAAAUGAAUCAGAUCCUCACUGACCCGUCUGAUGAUACCAAAGGCUUCUUUGACCCCAACACGGAGGAAAACCUCACCUACCUCCAGCUGAUGGAAAGAUGUAUGAUCGACCCACAAACAGGGCUUGCUCUUCUGCUGCUGAAGGAAAAGAAGAGAGAAAGGAAGACAUCGUCCAAGUCAUCUGUUCGCAAGCGUCGAGUUGUUAUUGUGGAUCCAGAGACGGGCAAGGAGAUGUCUGUGUAUGAGGCAUACCAGAAAGGCCUCAUUGACCACCAGACCUACUUAGAGCUGGCAGAGCAGGAGUGUGAAUGGGAGGAAAUUACCAAGACCUUAGCAGACGGAGUUGUAAAGUCCACAAUUAUUGACAGACGGUCCGGUCGACAGUAUGAUAUCGAUGAUGCAAUUUCAAGUGGCCUCAUUGAGAGGUCAGCUCUGGAUCAGUACCGGUCUGGAACUCUGUCUAUCACAGAGUUUGCAGACAUGCUGUCUGGAAAUUCCAGCGACGUUAGAUCACGGUCAUCUUCAUUUGGUUCUACGUCGUCUUACCCCAUGAGUCCAGUGCCCACCAUAAAAACUUCUGCUGUCCCAUGGAAUGACCCAACCGAGGAAACUGGCCCUGUGGCUGGAAUCUUGGACACUGAAACACUGGAGAAGGUGUCCGUCACAGAGGCCAUUCACAGAAACCUUGUGGACAACAUAACAGGUCAAAGGCUGCUGGAAGCUCAGGUUUGCACCGGAGGCAUCAUUGAUCCAAACACUGGAGAAAAGUUCUCUAUUGCUGAUGCAAUGAACAAAGGUCUUGUGGAUAAAAUCAUGGUGGACCGCAUCAGUCUCGCACAGAAGGCGUGUUGUGGAUUUGAGGAUCCUCGAACCAAAACCAAAAUGUCAGCAGCCCAAGCCCUCAAGAAAGGCUGGCUGUACUAUGAGGCAGGCCAGCGCUUUCUGGAAGUCCAGUACCUCACUGGUGGUUUAAUAGAACCAGACAUCCCUAACAGAGUCCCACUGGAUGAAGCCGUGAAAAAGGGUACCUUAGAGGCACGCACUGCACAGAAGUUGCGAGAUGUCAACACUCAUUCAAAAUACCUCACCUGCCCGAAAACCAAACUUAAAAUCUCCUAUAAGGACGCGCUGGAAAGAAGCAUGAUAGAGGAGGGAACUGGCCUCAGACUCCUUGAAGCAUCAUCCCAGUCCAGCAAAGGCCUGUACAGUCCCUACAGCAUUAGUGGUUCUGGCUCCGCCACUGGGUCACGCUCGGGCUCCAGGACCGGUUCCCGGUCAGGGUCCAGAAGAGGAAGCUUUGACGCCACUGGGUCCAGUUUCACAUCGACCUACUCCUCCACGUCAUACACUUCGCCAGGCUAUGGCCGCCGAUACUGAUGGAAGGGAAGGGUUGACGAUAAAGCCACCAAGAUGCCUCAGACGACCAGAUUUCUGCUCUGCAUAUGGUUGCUGCAAGACUUUAAAUAUUUAAUUUUCUACCAGUUAGGCAACUCUUUGUAUUUUCUUGAAUGUUAUCUUUAUCUACACCAGAUGUUCCAAUUGUACAUUUCCUUGAUGUCACAUGGAGACGACUCAAGAACAUACUCUUUGAUUGCAUUGAAAAAGGAAUAUAUUGAAAGAAAAAGUCCACUCUGCGGAGCAGAAUCAAGAGUCUCGGCAAAAUGACUAACUCGUGUCUAAACACUAAGCUUCAAGAUCUUUCCUCUUCUCGGCUGCGGUGCUGCAUGCCUUUGUGCCAGUGACUACAAGAACUCCAACUCCACCCUGUUCUCGAUGUCCUUCACAACACAAUGGAUUUACAUCAAAAGGGGAAACCAGCAACACGCGCAUUCCCAUGUACCAGAAGAAGUACACUACCAACGUAAUAUUCACCAUUCGGAAUUCUCGACCCUUUAUACCAAAGAAACCUAGUCCCUGCCUCUCUGGAUCCUGUGAAUGAUAUUGUCCCGACCCUUUGCUCCAGGUCCUGAGACCCACGGAAUUCAUCUGAAUUACAACUCACCUGGACUAGGACUAUAAUUGAUGCAAAAAUACCAAAUUCACUCUGGUGUGGCUGAACUGAGACGCAAUACUAAUACCUGAGCUCGCUCACAAUGUUAGAAUUCCUUAAAGUGCCUGCAAAAAACACUUUGGGAAGCUGCUGCAUAUUAUCAACAAGACGGUGCUGGCAUGACUGAAAGCAGGAUGUACUUUGUGAUCAGGUCUACAUUAUUUUAAGGUGCGACAUGAAACAAGAAGCGCUCAUGUUAAUACAGAUUUGACGGACAAGUACGGUGGUGCCUUGGUUCCUGGUCGGGUCAGGGUCUAACGAAAACUGGGGUCUGUGUUUGGCUGUACGAUAACCGAGAUGCUGUCUGAAAACAGCAUGAUUUUGCCAAAUCAUACAAAAACAGAGGUUUGACUGUUGUGUAAUUCGGAAGUAGGAGCACCACUGCUGAAAGCCCUGAGCACCCGUUUUGUUCCUUUGCCACCAGCUGCAGUAUUUUUUCCCCACGCCAACGUAUGUAUUGAUGUUCAAUCUUCUUUGUAAAGCAGCAUCACUAGUCAGCCUAUAUACUUUUAUUUUCAUAUAUUUUUUCCAUGACUUGCAUGAUUUACUAACAUUUAAAAGAUACAAAUAUGAACGAGCAGGCGCCGUGAAAUGGUUUAUUACAUUAUUUUUAUGGUUUCGCAUCAAAGGGUUUGAAGGAUGUAUUUUAACGAGUGGUGUAUUUAUAAUAAAACGGUGAAAACAAUUCAGUUGUAACGCUGCGCUAUGUAAAUAAACAUGGUAGUGAAAGCCUACUGACUGACUUGUUUGCUU